AUGCACAUGAAAACCGUGCUGCUCCUCCUCGUUCUGGCUUUAGCCACGAUAUUUGCUUUAGUCUGUGUGUUGCUGACCAGAGGAAGGGCCCCCAGCCCCUGCCAGCACCAGCCCCCGGAGCAGGAGGACACCGAUGGCGGCCAGAGCCUGGUCUUUGCCGAUCUGACACCCGAAGAGAUGGUGCAAGUGGUGCGGUACCUGCAGGGAAACCUUGGGGUGCAGCUGGUCGAUGCCUCGCGUGCAAAACCCUCCGACAACUGCAUCGCCUCUGUCGACGUGCAGGUCCCCGCCAAGGCAGAGGUGCUGCGGUUCCUGGAUGGUGGUGGGGCUCGCCCCCCCCGGGAGGCGCUGGCUGUGCUGUACUUUGGGAACCAGCCAGACCCCAACGUCACCGAGUACGUGGUGGGUCCGCUGCCGACGCCAGCGUAUCACCGGGACAUCACAGUGCAGAAGUACGGGGGGAAGGUGCCGUACCACCGCAGACCAACACUGGCUGUUGAAUACAAACAGAUGGCAGGGUUUUUAAAAAGCCAAGUGUUCCCCACAGCUCCAUCUUUCAUGCGUCAAGUAAUGGAGUAUGAUGGAGCCAGUCUAGCAGCCCUGACAGCCGCCCCCCGUGGAUUCCAGUCUGGAGAUCGGAUCACCUGGUUCGUUUUGUUUCAGAACGUGAGUGGGUUCUUUGUGCACCCGGUGGGGCUGGAGGUGCUGGUGGACCACAGCAGCCUGGACAUCUCCCGGUGGGCGGUGAACAGGGUCUUCUACAACGGGCAGUACUACAGGGACAUGGUUCAGCUGGAGAGCGCCUACGUGCAGGGUCGCAUCAGCGUGGAGAAGGUGAAGAAAGCGCCGAGCGCCGGGGACUUCUCGUCCAUGAAGCCCCGAGCGCCUUCGGCUGCGCUGUUCCCUUUGCAGUACGAGCCCCAGGGUCCCCGCUACAGCAUCAGGGAAAACCGCGUCACGUUCCAGGGCUGGAGCAUCACCUUCGGCAUGAACCCCACCUCCGGGGUGCGAGGGGUCGACUGCCCCUAUUUAGCGACGUAUCUGGAUGUGCACUACCUUGCUCAUUCCCACGUCUCUAGAAUUAGUAAAAAUGCCCUCUGCGUUUUUGAGCAGAACCUGGGCUCCCCUCUGAGGCGCCACUACUCCAACUUGCAGUCGCUCUACUACGGGGGGCUGGUCAACUCUGCUCUGGUGGUUCGGUCCAUUGCGACCAUGGGCAACCAUGACUACGUGUGGGACUUCGUCUUCUACCAGAACGGGGCCAUCGAAGGCAAGGUCCAGGCCACGGGGUAUGCGAGCUCAUCCUUUCUCCACGGGGAUGGUCUGAGAUACGGCAAUAGGGUUUGGGAGCACACGCUGGGUACGAUACGCACCCAUUCCAUCAACUAUAAAGUGGACUUGGAUGUGGGAGGUAGGUCUGGGUCUUCCUAUAAUGUCUGCCAUUAUACUGAGUCACGGUUUUUGGCGGCGGAUCCCUGUGGAGGGUUAUUUGAGUCCAGGAGCAGCUCCUUCUGCACCGUCUGGUGGGCUGAGCAGUGA